UUUCCGCGAAUGUGCGAGCUGCCUCCUCUCCAGCAGCCAUAAUUGGGAUUAUUCAGGAAUAAUUCGCCCGAUCCUGGCCGCGCCGUUUUUCUUCCCCUUUUUUUUUUUUUUAAGGGUUAUAUAUUGAUGUCCUAGAGCGGAUGUCGAAAGCAGCAUCUUCGAGGUAGAAAAUAAUUUUCGUUUUACCUCUGCUGGAUUUUUUUUUUUUUUUUUUGGCUUCGGCUUUCCUCAUAUAUUCCAUCUGUCAUGGAGGCUUUUAUUAUGGAGCAUUAGGAUGUAGCCCACCAGCCAAACAAAGACUGCAUACUGACAGUUGAGGGGCAGCUGCAUCGCCUUUUAUUUCUGGGUUUUUCAUCCUUAUAUUUUUGACUAGAAGAUGGGAAACAGAGGCGCAUCGAGGCUGUUGUCUGGGUGGACUAAUUGUCCUGGUGCCACUGGCCGCUGCGCACGCCAAGACCUUUUAUUAUUUUAUUCCUCCUUAACUGUGGCGGGUGGCUUAUUCUAAACAUUUGGGAUUCCUGACAUCAAUUGGACAUAUAUGAUCAGAGAAAAACAGAUGCCUUCCCAUCGAUGUGAUGCAACAUAAAAUCUGUUUUCUCGGAUGAUAUUCAAAUGAACACAUCCCUCCCUCUCCCUGUAAAAAAGGGUGGUGGAUUUUUUUUUCUUCUUCUUUUUGUUAUCAUUCUUAUAUUUUUUAACACAUCUCUCUCUCUCAUGCUGGAUUAUUUGAUCAGCUGUUGAUGAUCAAUGCUAUUUGACAGCAUCUCCUGUUUCAUGUUUAUUCCAUGUUUUUUUUGGAUGGAUUUAUGCAUAACAGGUGUUGUUUGAGGCUGAGAGCGCAUCAAGAGCAUGAAGCUUUAUUAUGUGUCUUUCUCUCGAUUUAACGAGCAGUGAAACAAAGCGACCGGGAUCCUUUUUUCUUUUGCCGUGAAAUAAGAGAAGACUAAAAAAUAGGAGGAAAAGAAUGAGGGGAAUGAAAGGCGGUGAGGCCGUGGACAAAGAAGAGAAAUGAUUCUGUCGAGUAGAAAAGAUCCGCUCGGCCUCUCCUUGUAGAGAUCAGCGGAGACGACGACGGAGGCGGCAGGAGGAAAAUAGCUGUUCUUUUAAGGGCCCAGAUCAGGCAGGCUCUCUUGGAGGGCGAUAGAAUGGCUAACCAGAGCUUUGCCAUUGAUGGCCCUGGCAGUUUACUGGCUGUGCUAGCUUCCCAGAGUGGACUGGCGAAGGGAGGCAGCAGUAGCAGCAGCAAUGAUGGCAGCAGCAACAGCGGGGGAAUCACUGCCACAGAUGUGUCUGCCUACUUUAAGCUGGUCUUCUUGGGGUUGAUCAUCUGUGUCAGCCUCGUGGGCAACCUCUUGGUUUCUAUGCUGGUGCUGCGGGAUAGGACACUCCACAAGGCCCCUUACUUCUUUCUCCUGGACCUGUGCCUGGCUGAUGCAGUCCGCUCCGCUGCUUGCUUCCCCUUUGUGCUGGUGUCUGUCCACAACAGCUCGGCCUGGACUUACAGCGCCUUGAGUUGUAAAGUCGUUGCUUUUAUGGCUGUUCUGUUUUGUUUUCACGCUGCCUUCAUGCUGUUUUGUGUGGCCGUCACCCGGUACCUUGCCAUCGCCCACCACCGCUUCUAUGCCAAACGCAUGACCAUCUGGACCUGUGCCGCCAUCAUUUGCAUGGUGUGGACCCUGGCCGUCGCUAUGGCAUUUCCUCCUGUCUUUGAUGUGGGAACUUACAAGUUCAUCCGUGAUGAAGAUCAGUGCAUUUUUGAACACCGCUACUUGAAGACCAACGACACCCUGGGUUUCAUGUUGAUGCUGGCCGUUGUGGUCUUGGCCACUCAUGGCUUCUAUGCCAAACUCCUGCUGUUUGAAUACAGACACCGCAAGAUGAAACCAGUCCAACUGGUACCAGCAAUCAGCCAGAACUGGACCUUUCAUGGUCCUGGGGCAACAGGCCAAGCAGCAGCCAACUGGAUUGCAGGUUUUGGUCGGGGUCCAAUGCCACCGACUCUGUUGGGCAUCAGGCAGAAUUUACACAAUCAACACCGGCGACUGCUCGGGAUGGAGGAGGUGCGUUCUGAGAGGAGGCUCGGCAGGAUGUUCUACACCAUCACCCUGCUUUUCUUAGUCCUCUGGGCACCCUACAUUGUGGCCUGCUUCUGGAGGGUGUUUGUCAAGUCUUGCGCCAUCCCUCACAGGUACCUUUCGAUCACAGUGUGGAUGAGCUUCGCCCAGGCUGGCGUCAACCCCAUCUUCUGUCUCCUGCUCAACGAGGAUCUAAGAAAAGUGCUGCGAGCCCAUCUGCCCACUUACUGGAGGACUAAACAACACCUGCCCCAGGAUGAGGCCUACUGCAUCAUGUGAGACCAAAUUAGGGUUCAUUCAAGGAAUGUUUCAGGUUUCAAAGCAAAUUUUAGAGAGCAGUAGGGUUUUAGUCCACUUGCUCUAAAUGUGGGUGUCCGAUUUGUUGUUUUGCACAACAAAAUCCAAAUGUUGCUACCAAAUUCAGGCAGGAUGCCAAUGUUUGAAGAAUGUAUAUGUUUGAAUAAGCCAGUGAGGUGAAAAAAGUCUGGACAGGUGGCACAGAAAAACCCCUGGUAACACUUUGGCGAUGGGUACCUCUGAUGUACUGUAUCAAAUGAUAGAUUGGAAAGAUCCCAACAAUCACCACUCCAAUUAGGUGUGACAGAUGCCAUUUUCAAAAUAAUGUUGCCUUAUUUCAGACGGACACAGCCCAGAGCUUUCUACUGAGAACUAGUUUGUGUCACAUUAGACCCUUAAUUGA